AUCACUGAAACGACCAACUCCUGCCGACCCACCGCCCCCAUAUCACCACCGAGCGGUGCUGACCUCUGGUGGUACAAGAGCAGGCUGCGUAGAUGGAUCCUGUGGCAAACUUUGUCUGUCCUGAUGAUACAGAGACCAGUUUGUGUUGCACCUUCCACAGUUUGACUAGCACUCUGCAUGAAGGGGAAAUGUAUAAGACUCUGCUGAGCUACUAUGAAGCUCGCCAGAGAGAGCUCGUGCUGGAAAAUGCAGAGCUGAGAAAAGUGUUGCAGCAGAUAAAAAAAGACAUGGUGUCCAUUCUAAGUUCAAGAAAACCAGCCGUGAAAAGCGACAAACGUGAACACAGUGGCGUACAGGCCACAUCGGAGGAGGAAGAGGAAGAGGUGUUUGAUUCCAGUAAGGAAAGUGUAGAGCUUUAUUGCUUUCAUACCCCGGAGAAACUGACCAACAGUAUUCGUCUCCAGUGGGGAAGAUUUAAGAGCCACGUCGAAAGACUGGACAGCCAAGCAUCCUUGGUUCAGAUGGUGGAAAGCAAAAACACUGAUGCUGUUCCACAAGAGACUCAGGAGGAAGAGAUGGACAGACUAAAGCUGGAGAUCCAGCAGUGCAAAGACUUUAUUCCAACACAGCAGCAGCUCCUACAGCAGCAGCUAAGCUCUCCGUGUGAUGAGGAAACCGCAUCCCUGCUAAGCAAUUGCUACAUGCUUCAAGAGAAGGAGCACCUCAAGGAGGAGUGGAAGAUCUUUGAGAGGGAGAGGAAGAACUUUGCAGAGGCAGCCAACAGACUGAGCCACGAGAGGUGGGCCUUUGAGGAGGAUCGAGCAACAUGGCUCACAGACCGGUUUUUAAAAUUGAGUCCAUUUGCAGACUCAAAGAAAACCCCAUUGUUAAAAUCAGCUGAAACAGAGGCAGCUGCGACGGUGGCUCCAGAAAAGCUCAUCAAAUGUCCUUCAGACACAGCCUCCCCCACACCCAGUGUGUCCCGCUCGCGUCAGCUUCCACCGCUGACCUGUAGCCCACGCUUUGCCUUAUCCCAGAAAACAGCUCAGUGCAACCAAAGACAAACGGGGAGCAUGCAGAGGAAUCGAUCAUCCACAGCUGAAACAGAGGCAGCUGCGACGGUGGCUCCAGAAAAGCUCAUCAAAUGUCCUUCAGACACAGCCUCCCCCACACCCAGUGUGUCCCGCUCGCGUCAGCUUCCACCGCUGACCUGUAGCCCACGCUUUGCCUUAUCCCAGAAAACAGCUCAGUGCAACCAAAGACAAACGAGGAGCAUGCGGAGGAAUCGAUCAUCCAGCACCAACAGUGGGAGUACAGGGAGGACCACACUCCGUUACAUGAGAAGAACAGCUUCAUUUGAAGCCAAAAUCUCCCAUCGCUGAAUUAAACGUAUCAUUAAUGUCCAG